UUUUCCGCGAGCGACCCGAGUCCAACAUUGGUGAAACAGUAAGAAAGGAACAACCUUUGAAAUCGUACAAAUCACAGUAUUGUAUCCAACCACCAGAAAAGAAAGAUGCCUUUGGGUGACGAUGGACAUUCUUGGAAGAAGAAAACGUCAGAUGUUAAGGAGAAUUUCGACUUCAAGGAGAUCCUGGGGACGGGGGCUUUCUCUGAGGUGGUCCUAGCGGAAGAGAAGAGGACACAGAAACUGGUGGCCAUCAAAUGCAUCCCUAAGAAAGCCCUGGAAGGCAAAGAGAACAGCAUAGAAAAUGAGAUCGCUGUCCUGCACAAGUUAAAACAUGCCAACAUUGUCUCCCUGGAGGACAUCUUUGAGAGUAAAUCUCACCUCUACCUGGUUAUGCAGCUGGUGUCUGGUGGGGAGCUGUUUGACAGGAUAGUGGAGAAGGGCUUUUACACAGAGAAAGAUGCCAGCAAGCUCAUCCAGCAGAUCCUGGACGCUGUCAAAUACCUCCAUGACAUGGGCAUCGUACACCGCGACCUGAAGCCGGAGAACCUUCUGUACUACAGUAUGGAAGAGGACUCUAAGAUCAUGAUCAGUGACUUUGGCCUGUCGAAGAUUGAGGGAUCUGGAAGUGUCAUGUCCACAGCCUGCGGAACACCAGGAUACGUUGCCCCUGAAGUAUUGGCCCAGAAACCAUACAGCAAGGCGGUGGACUGUUGGUCAAUCGGUGUCAUCGCCUACAUCCUUUUGUGUGGAUACCCGCCGUUCUAUGACGAGAACGACGCCAAGCUUUUUGAGCAGAUUAUGAAGGCUGAAUAUGAGUUUGACUCUCCUUACUGGGACGAUAUCUCUGACUCAGCCAAAGACUUCAUAGUCCACUUGAUGGAGAAGGACCCCAGGAUACGCUACACAUGUGACCAGGCUCUGCAGCACCCCUGGAUCGCUGGUGACACCGCUCUAGAUAAGAACAUCCAUGAGUCUGUCAGUGCUCAGAUAAGGAAGAACUUUGCCAAGAGCAAGUGGAGGCAAGCGUUUAAUGCCACGGCGGUGGUGCGUCAUAUGAGGCGUCUGCAGCUGGGCACCAGUCAGGAGGCCGCCAGUCAGACCACCCUGCCCAGCCCUCUCAGAGCCCACCUGCUGCUGUCUGAGGCCACAGAAACAGAGGACACCACUGAGUCUCCGUGUGAGGGGGGCUGCUCCCAGAGUGCUGAUGGGGGGGCGGAGCGCGACCACCUCUCCAACUGCACCUACCGCUGCCAUCCAACCAGCCGGGUCUGAUCCCUGCACACGCAGGCCACGCGAGGCCAACCAAUGACUUUCCCAUUUACCUCUGGAGACCAGAGAACUCCCUUGUCUGGCCAGAAAUACAGAGUUGUUCCAGCAACCCGCCACCAGGAGGGGCAGGCAGGUUAUGAAUCCAGGGUGGGGAGGAGGGACUCGAUGUCAACAGAGGAGGUCAUUUGAACGAAUUGGGUGAGAGUGGAGGAUGAGAUGAGAGGGUAGAAGAAAGGAAAGGAGGAGAACAUUGAGAAAGAGAGGUGUGGUGCCCAGAAUAAUCCUGGCUCAUAUAUUUUGGAAGCAGGACAGAGCUUGGACAGGGUUUUACUCAUCCUUUUAAAAUGUGCGUCUGCUUUUUAUAUCUCUGCAUUCAUGUGCAUGGUGUUUUCUAUCUUCAUUGUCUUUCCACUUUGACAGAAUCCAUGGAUGAUUUCUGCAUGAUGAGGUGACAGGUCCCCUUGCAUGUUGGCGGCAGGUGUUUUAUAGCGUGAAGAGUCUAUUGCAAAAUCGUGUAUGGUGGUAAUCAUUAUGUUAUAGUUCCUGUACUGCAGAUACACAUCUUUAUGACCUUAAUGAUGUUAGUCCUUCAGCAUUACAUUUGUAUGGCUUUGUUGUAUCUUAAUAUUAUUUUUAUAUAUAAAUGUAGCCCUAGAAGCAUUCACCUAAUACCACAUCUGGAUAAUCAAUGUGAGAAUACUCCAUCCAUUGGGCUAGUAUACAGUAGACCCAGCAUUUAGCUAGAUCUGUUCUUUCUUCUUUUUUUUAUCAGCAUGGUUGUGUUUCACAACUGUAAGUUUGAGGUUGUGCUCCCACCACAGGCUUGUAACAGAAUAAGGCUUUCUGAUUUUAACAAAUUCAGCACAGGGACUUCUUCUCUAUGCUGCCUUUAGAACAGUGUCAAAUGUUUCUUUUCUGGUGGCUUUUAGAAAUCUGAAGAUACGUCUCUAUAUCUCUGCACAGUUGAAGGAGCAUUAGCAGCUAUUUAAUUUCUAUCGUUGUAUGUUUGUAUAUAUUUCAAUGUGGCAAUUCUAUCGUUAAAUACAGACUUUCACCUCGGUCCAGAUCUGUCCAGAUCGCUUUUCCAGUUGAGAAGUGUAAUACCCUGGAGAUAGACUUACAUACAUAGCCAUUCCUCUUAGUACUAGUUAAUACUUCAUUUUUUCAAGCCUUUGUAUCUGUACAGAGAGAACUUGAAUUAAAGAAUGUAAAUAUA